UUCAAUACCUAAAAGUGUGUUUGCAAAAAGUGAAAAAAAAUUUAAGUGAAGAGGACUACGUUUCAUAAAAGAACAAAUUAAAAAGAAUGCAGUUCAAAGAUUUUAUCAUACUAUUAAUGCUCUGGGUAAUAGAGAGUGGAGUAUUAGGUUCUUCACAAGAAAUCGUUGAUUGUACAAAUGCAGACAUUGUAACUUCAAUUUUUAACGAACCAAUUGAGUUAACACUCCAAGACACAACAAUUUUACGUUACGAAAAUGUUACGAUCAAUGAAAUACAAAACACAACAAACAACGAAUUUGAAAAGAAGUACAUUGAUGCUCGUCUAGAGGAAGAUGAAGAGAGGGGGUUUCAGAACUUGAUCAUUUUUACAACGGAAGAUUUCCCGAAAUAUGCUGAGGAGCAGACAGCAGCGCGCAUAACGCUAAAAGUAACUAUGGCAUGUGAUAUGGGACGAGUACGCACUUUGAUUUUCUUUCAACCGUUUAAAGAGGGUAAUUAUUUUAAACCAAAAUUUUCUCAGGAUGUUUACGACAUAAUUUUGCCUACACCUAUUUUUGCGGGUUUUGACUUAACAAGUUUCGUCCAAAUCGCAGCGAAAGACGAUGAUCUAGCAAAUAAUCAAAUUAGUUUUGCUUCUUCAAAUGCUACCUUAUAUCACAUAACUGUGGGCACAAAGAACGGUACUAGCGAUGAUAAGAAAAUCUUUUUUGCAGCACUGACAUUAAAUCGAAUAUAUCUUAGUUUGGAAAGAGAACUAAUUUUUCAUAUUACAGCAACUGACAGUGGAUCGCCCCCUCUCAGCUCUAAUGCAACUGUGGUAAUCCGCGCCGAUCGGAGCAAUAGCUUACCUCCAAUACCGCGAUUUGAGCAAAGUUUGUACAGUGUGUUGCUCCAUAAGAAUUUAACUUUACAAUUAUUGAGAAUAUCAUUACUUCCUGAAACUUAUUCCGAAAAUGUGAGGUUUUCGUUGAAAGGCAGAGAUGCAGAUAUUUUUGAAAUGCAAAACAAUGCCAAUGUAGUGCAAAUUAAACUAGCAAGAAAUGUUACUAAGGAAGAAAUCAAACCAAGAAGUUUCUUACAUUUCAGUGUUCAAGCUGCGCACUUAAAUUUAACCGACUUCGGUGAAACUGCUAUUUAUGUACGUCCUGUCAGCUUCAAGGAAACCUUUCAUUUUGAAGAAAGUUCUUUUCGUGGAAAUAUAAGUAGUACCGGUGAACUUACAAUGGAAAUAAUAGAGUUCGAUGAUUACGGCUACAGUGAUGAAGUAAUGUUUGAACUGUUAGGUGAUUCAACUGUUAAAGAUUUGUUUAACUACACACAAGUGGGACCAAACUUUUACCUGACCCUAAGUGAGACAGUAAACAUGGAUGCAAUUAUUAACAUUUCGUUCAUUACUCUAGAAAUGCAAGCAAGAUUCGAAAACCUAAAGGCCUCAGUUCCGCUCUUCAUAAGCUUACCUAUAGAAAAUAAUAAAAAUCUGAAUAAGCAACCUGAAUUUGAGAAACCCUACUAUGAGGGUAGAAUCAAUGAACUAAACGAAUUUCUAAUGGAACCAAUUCAAUUAGUGUUGCACAGUUUUGAAGCAAAUAAAACUACGUUUUCCUUAAGUGGAAACAAAAGUGAAUUGUUUAACUUCAAUGUAACAAAUCACACUGUUGAUUUAAGACUUUUAAGUGUUAACAAUGAAUUAUUGAAUACUCCAAUGAUACUUUUAACUUUAACUGCAAAGAAUGAUGAAAUGAAUGCCACAACAACGAUUAUUAUAGAAAAUCUUCAAGUUAAGAAUUCAACAAAUAACAUUUCGACGAAGUUAUUUAGAAAAACGUGGAUUUCUACCAAAUUAGAACUAGACGAAGAUGAAGUACAAAUACUACAGGUUGAGCCCAUAGCAUUGCAAGGAAAUGUUCGAGUGUCUGAGUUAGGGUACAGUUUGGAAGGAGUUGAAGCUACAUACUUCGAAGUGAAUAUAAACGCAUCUAGAAACUUUGUAUUCCUCAACCAACUGCAGCAACUUCCUGAGGACUUGUUGGACUCGAAAUCAUUAUUACAACUUGAGUUGAAAGCCUUUAUGACUAUGAAUUCACAAAUUAUGGACAAAGUUUUAAUUUUUAUUGAACUUCCUAAAAAAGACUGUACUGAAUUGCCAAGUGGUUCUGAUCUAGCACCUAUAUUCUCCAGUGAGAAAUACAUGUUCUCUGUUUCCUCUGAACAGAUUGGAAAUAUUGGUCAGAUUAACGCAGUCAUACCUGAAUCGAAUAUAACAGUCAACUAUUUUUUUAACACAGAGAAUGUUUAUUUGCGGGAACGUUUAAGUAUUAAUAGUAACUCAGGUGACAUUAUGCUGCUUAGUACCUUGCCUUCAGGUACUUUUAAUUUCACUAUCAAAGCGGUAAACACACAGAGUUUCAGGGAAGCAAACGCAACGGCACACAUAACUGUUACAGCGACAGAGUCAGAGAAGCAAUGCUUCGACAUAAAAAAUGCAGUGCGGGACACAUUAAUCAUCAAGCAUAUCGAGGAAGAGAAGCCGGUCUUCGAUGUAUUGAACGCAACAGUUGGAAAUUGCACGUACCAAAUAGAGCACAUGUAUCCUGCAGAUAAAGCUUAUGUAUACAUUAACAUUACAACUGGCAUGAUUUCAACUAUUUCAAUUGACCGUGAGGAUAGUAUAUUUGCAAACAUGACAAAAGCUCAAGUGCAAGUACGCCUCAAGUUGAUCUGCAGCAAUAAUACGAGUGAGAUAGAAAGAACUAGAAAGCGACGCGAUGUCGGUGUAGAGUUUGAGGAAUUUUCAAUGAUCUACAUGAGUGAUAUAUCUUAUGCACCAGACACUACAUGGCUUGUACUUGAAAUUGUUGAUAUUAACGAUAAUGCACCAGAGUUUAUUUACCCAAAUGUACCAAUGCACUUAGGUUAUCCAGCAGUUGAGAUUUCCUUUGAACUCUUUCCACAAUAUCUAACAAAAAUUCGUGCAGUAGACCUCGAUUCUGGUGAUAAUGCACGAAUUCAAUACAAUAUGCGUCCAAAUUCACACUUUGACAUCGAAGCGGAUACUGGCAUUAUAUAUCCCAGAUCAAAUGCUUUAAAAAGUGUAGAAAGCGUUGAACUCAUAGUUCAAGCUGUAGAUCGGUCAGGUUCUGGACUUAGUACUGGUGCUGUCCUUUUUGUAAAGAGGUUAUCAUCAAAUUUCGUUAGUUUAGUGAGUUUUGAAAGCAAUAAACCACAAGUAAUGGAAGAUGUUCUCUUAUCGCUGGAAGAAAAGAGUGGAUACAAAGUGAAUCUCAUAAAAUUUGCAACUAUACCUAGCAAUGGAACCACAUCAAAUAGAAUGUUCAGCUCUAGACUUGGAAAUGCUACUGAAGAGGGAACCGUAAUACAAAAAGCAUGGGUUUAUGCAUUUAAUGGUCCUAAUCCUAUAGAGUGUGAAGUGUUUCAAAAUAAAAUAUUAGCAGAUAAAAAUAUAACCCAACUGGUGAACAUUGAAACGUUUGAGGAAAUUGGUCUUACAGCAAAUGCAGCACAUAUGUUGAAACCCGUAAAUCUUAUAGAACAGGAAUCGGCUUAUAUUGCAACUAUAAUCACAUUAAGUUUAAUCUGUGUUGCUUUUAUAUGUUUCUUUGUUUGGCUUUAUAAACCCUACAACAAAUGCUUCAAAGAAGGUUCGGUUUCAGAAGAUGUAUUUUGUAAUGAAAGCAUAACUCCGAGUUUCACUGGAGAAAAUAGUCACGCACAGUAUAACAACCCACCUGAGAGAGAGCUUCCGGUUUAUAGCAUCAAUGAACCGCCUAAAGAUUGUUCAAGAGUUACGUAUAAGGAAACGAUUUAUGUGAACGGCGAGGAUAAUGACAAAAACAAAACGCCUUAGGCUUAUCAAAUUUUGUUAGAUUUAAAUUGAUUUUAAUUCAAAUAUUCAAAUAGCUAUACUAUAUCGAAACAGCAUGUGUAGUGCUAAAUAAUAAUACAAAAUACAUAUAUACAUGUAUUUAUAUCCCAAUUUGUUCAUAGUUUAUGUACUCUCUAUUACGAAAGUGGCCACGUUUCACUACUGAAUUGUUUAUACGAAUUUCAAUUAAAAUCGAUUA